AUGGACUUGCCCCGAAAGUCGCCUCACGCCUUCCGCGACGCGCUCUUCACGCCACUCAACCUGUUUAUCUCUCAAAUCGCCCUAAACUCGCCCGUUCAACCUUCGAUAGACCCAACAUUAUUACACCCAUCCCGUCAUAAGCUCGCUACACGGCAACGACUCGAACAAUGGAAUGAGCAAUUCGGCGGACCAGAUGAGCUGGCACUGAGUGCCUUCGAAAACCAUCCGGCCCACGGCGACAUUCAAAACAACUUGGCCAAGCUCAGCUAUGGAAGCAAGGCCGAUGAAGACCUAGAAGGAAAUGGACAGAUGCGGGAUCAUGAGGAUGAGGACGACGAGCUUGUCACCAUCGGACUUUUCCUGAAGCCAGGAGAUGUCGUCGAGCUGUCCAUGCCCGGACGUGAACCAGUUCUGGCUGUAUUUGUGCAGCAAUUGGACCUCACCAGCCAAUUCUACUCGGUCAACGGACGAUGGGUCCACUCUAAGCAGGGCCACAUCUCCUUUGCAGUGCCUGGGGCAAUCAAUCCCGCCGCUUUGCAGCCUUUGAUUCCAUAUCUGCCUACGAAGACUGAGGGCGUGCUACCAGAUCAUGGCAUUCAAGUGCCGCGGAAGUUAGGCGCCCCUGUUCAGGAUCUGCUCUCUCAACUCACAGAAGAAUCAGAGCGCAUCUACCGAACAAAUGCGCCAGUGCUUGACACCGCCUACUCGACCCUUGCCGACGCCACCCGCACUCGUAUGAUGACAUUACCGCAAAUCGCGAAGACGCUGCUAGGGAAAGAUGACCCAACAUGGUCGCCAUCACCGUCUGCCCUGCUAGCCGUACGUAAAGCCCUCAAGCACAAUGAGUUCCGAUUUCGCUCGGAUGUACACAGCCAACGCUUGACCAAUAUCUUCGCCAUCAGACCUAAGGUUGAUGUGGAAAUGGUGGAGACUGUACAUGAAUGGGUCCGAGACUACCGAGAAGAUCAAGCUGCGCUCGCCAAUAACGAAAACAAUAAGCAGCUGAACCGCAGCGCCGGUGCUGAGUACAUCCGAGAGUUCGUAAAAAAAGCACAGCGUCUCAUCGCAGAGAGUCGAAAAGGUCGCCAAUUAAACCAUGGCUUUGUAGGACCGGAUCAAUCCGAAGUAUCAUCGGCGCAAAACUUGCCCGGUAUAAAGACGACCAUCUUGGGCGAAGACUUCACCAAGACCGAUCAACAAAUUGUCAGCUUUUUGCAAGCAUGGGUACUCAUGGACCAGUUCGCUAGUAUGCCAAAUCUGCACUCGGCCUGCGCUUCCAUUCUCCACGCCACUGGUUGCUACAACGACAUAGAUUCGCAAAACAAGCCAUUUCCGGUUAUGGGGAAAUCUGCGGGGCAUAUCCUCUUGCAAGAGAUUGGAGUCACCACGCCGUUUGAGAAUCGUGCCAUCUACAACGAGAAUCUGAUGUUGCCGACCGUUCGCCUGUCCCGAAACCUCGAGCUUCUCAAUACGAAAGCUGAAUUGACGAGGAGAAGACCAGAUUUCCAGGACGCCAUGGCCGACAUGCGUCGUGAUUGGGGUCCACUUACGGUGUACUGCAUUGACUCCGCUGAUGCCAAAGAAAUCGAUGACGGUGUAUCCAUCGAAAGAGUACACGGAAGUCCGUCGGAAUAUUGGAUACAUGUGCAUGUUGCCAAUCCAACGGCCUUCUUCAAUAAGUCUCACGUUUUGUCAGGCCUCGCUGCUCAUAUGACGGAAAGUGUUUACACUCCAGAGAGAUCGUUCGCCAUGUUACCUUCCUGGGCCUCGCAGAAUUAUUUCAGUCUUGCCAACAACCGGCCUGUCAUCACGUUCAGCGCGCGAAUCGAUGACUCUGGAUAUACGCUCGAGACCAAGAUUCAGCACGGCAUCAUAAGAAAGGUCGUUAGCAUCACUCCCGAAGAACUCGCGACUUAUCUAGAUGAACAUUUACCAGGAGAAGCUAAACGUCUAGUAGUCGGCGGUGACCCUCAUGUUGACAAGAGGAGCCGUCCCUCGCCCCGAUUAGCUGCUGAGCAACUACAAAACCUUCGUGAUCUGUAUGCAGCAGGUCAAGCUCUAUGGAAGGGGCGCCAAGCUGCUGGCGGUGUCCGACUUGGCAGGCCAGACAAAGCAGAAGUUGCUGUCUAUGAGAAACCCAAUGUAGGAGGCUUAACUUGGAUGCCACCUUCAAUUGGAAAAUCACGGCGAGUGAUUGGCGAUCCAAUUAUCGAGCUUCGCGGUGAAAUUCCCAAGGACACCGGAUACUUUGUUGGCACCAUUACUUCCAGCAACAUCGUCGAAGAGAUGAUGCUUCUCGCGUGCCGCACGGCAGGGUCCUGGUGUGCUGAGCGUAACAUUCCCGUCAUGUUCAGGGGCACAGUGGAGUCUCCAAGCGCGCCUCUUCCUUUGGCACAAUUUCGCGAACAGGUUCUUUUCCCACAUCUGGAGAAGAACGGCUCCUUAAGCAUGCGUGUUGCACAACUGUACCUUGGCGCUUUGGGUCGUUCCAUAGCACAUUCCUCACCGAUCCCUCACCACGUUCUUGGCGCUAAAGCCCACAUCAAGGUCACCAGCCCGCUGCGGCGAUUCAGCGACAUGAUCGCCCACUGGCAGAUCGAAGCUGCGUUACGGUUCGAGGCACGCACUGGCCAGAAGCUCGAUGCAAGAGCAUUGGCAGGCUCACCACGACCCAUCUUACCCUUUUCCCAUCGCCAAAUGCAGGAAUCUAUUAUCACUCUUUCUCCCCGGGAAAGAAUUAUCAGGAGGGCGAAAACGCACUCUAGUGAAUUCUGGGCUGUACAAGCAUUCAUACGAGCCUUCUACUACCAGGAGGCACCCUUACCAGAAACUUUCAUAGUGAGAGUUAAACGACCAGAUCCAAUCACUGGGUCAAAAGGGUUCUUCGAAGGGUAUGGUAUGAACGUUAUCCUUUCAAACAGUCCAGUCGGAGAGUAUCAGGUUGGCGACCGUUGGGAAGCGAAGAUCAAUUACAUCGAUCCAUUCAAGAGUCACAUACACGUAGAUGCUGUCAGACUAAUCCACCGAGACGAAGAAAUGUGA